AUGGAGACGCGUCGUAGAUUGCUGUGGAGUAAACUUGUAUUUGCAAUAUUCUCACUUUUUAUUACGCAUUUCAGUAUUAUACCAGCUUUUAAGUUAGAUGGUGUCGCAAAAACACCAGUCCCGUUUGUGGGUUCCUUGCAACGCAUGGAAGACAACAGCUGGCAUCAUUACUGUACUGUCUCAAUUAUUGACGAACGUUUUGUACUGAGCGCAGCACAUUGUUUUCUCAAAAGUAAAGAUGUUACAGACUACACAGUAGUUGUAGGUACCAAUGAAAUGGACUUGAUCGAUGGUGACCGUCAUAAUGUUGUAGAUCUUAUGUGGCACGAAUAUUAUUACUUUGGUGAACUGUUUGGAAAUGAUAUAGCAGUGUUAAAAGUUGAGCCAAUGUUUCAACUUAAUGGAAAAACUAUUGAUAAAAUCAGUACCAAUCUGGAUGAAGAAGUUCCAAAAGAUAUUAAAAGUUAUUUAUUAGCAUGGGUGCAAGAAAAGCAUCUGCAAUUUUUACCGUUUCGUACACAAGAAAAUAUAGAGUGCAUGUUAGAUGGUUUUAUAUAUUUAACGAGUUCGGAAAUGUGUGCACUAAGCGUGGGUGUUACUGGUGCCUGUGAUGGUGAUUCUGGUGGCCCUUUAGUUAGUACUGAUUUAAGUCAACAAUUGGGCUUAUUAUCAUAUGGGAAGGGUACCAGUUGUAAAACUGGUAGGCCAUACGUCUUCACUAGGAUAUAUAAGCAAAAAGACUGGAUAAUUAGUGCGAUGUAUAAUAUGACGAAAGAUGAAGAAAAUGAUAUCGAAAGUUUUGUUAAAACUUGAUAAAAAACACAA